AUGGCCCAAGAACUCAAAGCCAAGGGCAAUGAGCUCUUCAAAGCAGGAGACUACAGCGGUGCUGAAGACUUCUUUUCCCAAGCAAUCCAAAAGAACCCCCGCGAUGCAACCUUCUUCUCAAACCGCGCGAUAACCCGAAUCAGGCUCGCCAAGUGGGCCGACGUCGAACAUGACGCCCGCGCCGCGAUCGAACUCUACGGUCUUAAGAACCCCGUCGCCCUAAAGAGCCACUUCUACCUCGCGCAGGCACUCCUAGGCCUACAGCGCCCACAGGAAGCGCACGACGUCGCGUCCGAAGCAUAUCAACAGAGUCUCGCAACGAAGAAUGCCCAGUCGGAGAAUCUGUCGCGGAUAGUCCUGCGCGCGAAGCAGCAGAUCUGGGCUGCGCGCGAGACUGCCCGAAUACGCGAGCUGAAUCAAACUCUGGGUUCUGUCGAGGCACUCGUUGAGGCUGAUGUGACACGUGCGCUGGCGGAGCUGCAGGGUCGUUUGGAGCGCGGGGAGAUCGGAGAGAUCGGGUUUGGGGAGGAUCAGAAGGCGCUGCGGGAGGAUGCGGAGAAUAAGAUUAACAAUUUGAGGGAGGCAUUUCGUAUUGCUUCGAAGGGAGAGGUUCAGGAAAGGGUUGUGCCUGACUAUCUCAUUGAUGGUAUCACAUUUGAGAUCAUGCAUGACCCUGUUAUUACACCAUCUGGAGUCAGUUUCGAUCGCUUGGGUAUCACUAAGUAUAUUGAGAAGUCGGGCGUUGAUCCUUUGACUCGGGCCCCUGUCAGUGUCCAUGAUCUGCGGAACAAUUAUGCGCUCAAGUCGGCCUGCGAGGAAUUCCUCAAGAACAACGGAUGGGCGGUGGACUGGUGA